AUGCGCAAGCUUUCGAAUUCCGGUCUGGAAAAUGACCACCCGGAGGUCUCGACCCCCAAGAGGCCACGGACGGCGCUAUCGCAAACGAAUGGCGCGUUGAAUGGCCACGCGCCGAGUCUUCCUCUCCCGAACGGCGAUGCCACCUACGAGCUUCCCGAGGCACCACGAGGCCAAUCCACCCCAAAAAAGGCCAACGGAGUGGCUGCGACACCGUUGAAGGAAUCCGGGUUGAAGACGCCGACUCAUAAAUCCAAGGCUCGAUCUCUGUUUGCGACACCCACGAAGCCCAAGUCGGCGGCUGCCGCGACGCCGUCUAGGAUUAAGAACGCCGAUCGAUCUGCGAAGAAGAAGAGUGCUCGAGUCCUCUUCGAACAGGACGAGGAUGCCGCUUGGGAUGGUUCGGAGCAGCUUGCGGAAGAGAUCCUCCAGGAUGACGAGCCCGAGGCUGACAAGACUGCCGAGCCAAUGGUGGAAAGCGUCGAGGGUGAAGAUGGAGAGAAACCAAAAGGAAAGGAGACCAAGGCACCAAAGCGACGGGCAGGUCGACCCAAGGGUGCGAGGAAUAAGCGAUCACCGACACCCGACGGUGAACUGCCACCGCACGAGCGCUACUUUUUCCAGAAUCGCGCUGGGACGGCAAAGACGUCAAAUACCACAUUAAACAAGGUCUCGCUCUUGACACACGAAGAAUAUUUUGAGAAGCUUGGCCAAUAUGUGGAUCCGUGCAAGGACGAGAAAGAAUAUCUACUUUCCUUGCACCAUCGAUCGUUCCCACAAUGGUAUUUUGAAUUUGAAGAAGGGUUCAAUAUCUGCUUAUUUGGAUACGGUUCCAAACGCAGGCUCGUACAGCAAUUUGCAGAUUGGCUCUAUCACAAGCGCUCUGCAUCUGGAAGCGCUCCACCUAUCGUUAUCGUCAAUGGUUACACCCCAGGUAUCUCGAUCCGCUCGAUCUUUGCUACGAUCGCAACGGCCAUCUUGGGUGAGGAUCUACCAUCUAAAUUGGGUGCGCAGCCAACCGAGGUACUCGAACUUCUUCAAUCAGCGCUCAAGUCUCGACCUACCACGGAAGAGCCGAUCACGGUUCUAAUCAACUCGGUCGAUGCGCCGCCGCUGCGUCGUGCCUCCAAUCAAGCUCUACUUGCUCGUCUGGCCGCUACACCUCGAAUUCGCCUUCUGCUCACUGCAGACACUCCCAACUUCGCAACGAUGUGGGACAUCAGUCUACGUGAUCAAUUCAACCUGGUCUUCCAUGACAGCACGACCUUCACACCCUUUGCCGUGGAGACCAAUGUGGUGGAGGAAGUUCACACCCUGCUUGGCCGUAAAGGCCAGCGAGUUGGUGGAAAGGAUGGCGUGGGCUUCGUGCUGAAGAGUUUGCCCGAGAACGCACGUAACCUGUACCGCCUCUUGCUCACAGAAGUCAUCACCGUCAUGGAUGACGGCCACCAGUCUGACGACGAAGGUGCCGCGGAGAGCGGAGGUCGAAGCGCCGAGGAACAUGGCAUUGAGUUCCGCCUGCUCUACCAAAAGGCGACUGAGGAAUUCAUCGCAUCUUCAGAGAUGAUGUUCCGCACGUUGCUGAAAGAAUUCCACGACCAUCAAAUGAUCACCUCACGCAUGGAUCCCAGCGGAAUGGAGAUCCUCGGCGUGCCGCUAUCUCGGGACGAGAUGGAAGGCGUGUUGGAAGAUUUAGUGUUAGGAUGA